AUGGAGAUUCCGUCGGAAAACUUUAUGCAUCCGGAGGAUAGUAUGAGCGAUCUUAUUUUUGAACCUGAAAAUACAAUAAGACCAGAAGCAGUCGUCGAACGCAAGAAACAGCUAGGCGUGGCGAGAAGAAAAUUAAAGGAUCAUGAGCUGUGUUGGGCUUGCGGCUGGACAAAUUUGCACCAGAUGAGCAGUUCUUAUAAUCCACGGCUCAAAAUUGUAACAACCAGAGAGAACAUGGGAAUCUGGGCACUAGGCUCGAAAUAUCUUCUUAAGGACUUCCCAAACGAUGGUUCUUCUCCGGGAAACGACUACGUCACGCACCGAUUUCUACAGAGUCAACCAAACUCAGGGGUUCCCCUUCUCAAGGAAAUGCAGCUCCUUAGUAAGCCUACGGAUAAAACUUACUUGCUUCUAAUGUCACGCUCGGAAAGCAAGUCCCUUAGUUCCAUUUGGCCAGAUGUAACGAUCAAACAAAGACUUGAUCUAAGGAAACAAAUGCUUAAAAUCCUUCAGGACCUUCGAAAAUUUACUGCAUCAGGGGCACAAACAGUUGAUGGGGGUAAACUUUCCGACUAUAUACUCGGUGGUUGUAGCGUCACUAGGCCUAUGUGUAAAACAAUCGGCUUCGACACGGAAGAAUGGUUCGCCAAUAUUGAAGAGGAACUUCGUGUUGGAUUGGAAAAGAUCCAUGAAACCAAGGACCCUAUCAUCAUUGAAAGAGAGUACCAAAAGCUAAAAAGCAACUUUCCAAAGUCGGAACCUUAUACUCUCACCCAUGGAGAUCUGACCCUUGGCAAUAUUAUGGUCGAUGAAAACAUACAAAUUACAGAGAUUAUUGAUUGGGAACAUGCCGGUUACUAUCCAUGGUGGGCUGAAUGGUGGUUCAGCAGGAUGCAGGCGCAAGACGGCAGCCGACCUCUACUCAAACCAGUUUUUCCACUUCUUGAACACUCUAUGAACCUUGCAACUUUUGAUACCGAGGUAUUGGAUCCUGUAGGGAAAGUCAUUCAAGCUUGGCAAAAGUGUGACAUAGCUCACCCCCAUUACCUUGAUCGAUGGCUACGUCCGCCUUUCUCUGCGUCCGAGCCUUACGAUGGCGAGUUUGUGUUGGGACAUAUGGGGGGAAUUACUAAAAGAGAGCACGUUAUCAAGAGAUCACCUUAG